AUGAGCCUCAAUACUCGGCACCCCUAUCGGGAAACUGCGAUACCAAUCACACCCCACUUGAUCCCGCUUCCCAGUCCUGUAAAAGAAGCUGCCAUUAUCAGAACUCCCAGUCGACACUCUCAGUCACGACUGGACGCAAUCACCAUCAGCCCCACCGCUUGGGAUUUAAUUUGGUUCGCUGAUGUCUUGAGACUUCGCGUUCGUCUCAUAAAUUGCCGCGAUCUUGGGCAAUUGUGGACAAGGCAACUAUCUCGGAGAAAACGGGUGAUUACUCCGAACGCGAGUGGCCAAGCAGCUCAUUCAACGGGACCCGGCCGUAUCUUCAAGUUUGACGAGGCCGAAAUCCUUGCAAGAGAUGACAACCGCGUGACCCGCGAGUUGCUCCAAUCACGGUUCUCAGGCCCCCAGUCCAUCAACAAGCGCAAUGAUGUGGCGUUCCCGUACAGCGUACUCAGACAUUGCCUGAGCAAAAGAAUCAAUCAGGUGGGGAGGGCGGGACCCAGCAACAACUUUGUAGCCAACGUGCAUAAUUGUCGCGCAAUUAUCAAGACUGCAUCUACCACGGACAAGGAAAUCGCGGCAAUCAAUGAG